AUGUCACGGCACGCCCCAUCGCCCGCGAUUCACGCUGGUACUACCCCGUCGCACGUUGCUGUGGGGAUGGGCGGGCUGACACGGCUACAGCUCUCCCGUGACUUGCGGCUGCAGCGUGGAUCGCGAGGCCUGCGCUCCGCGAGAUAUGCGGAGCUUGCCACGUCGUUCUUGCCACGUCAGCUCGCUACACCGCUUAGGCGCCUCCCUGCCCCCCUACAGCGCGCACGUUCGUCGCCUUCCGGGGAGCGUUCCGCCGCACGCGCGUGCACACGGGCCGCAUGGAGCGUCAGCAGGCAGGCGGACAGACGGAUGAGCGUCGCAUGCCGCGCAGCAGAGACUGACGACGUGGCGCCUGCUGAUUGGGUGAACACGGCAGGGACGCACAAGCGGCCCCAGCAGGUGUUCUACUCCAAAAAGGGUGAGAAGUUUCUGUUACAAACGGACGAGAGGAUGGAGCUGCUGGAGUUACCCAAGGGUACAAGAGUGGUGUACCCUGGGCUGUGCAAGGAUGGCGAAUCCAACCCCAACAAGAUGCGCGCCAUGAUACGGCACGCUCUGGACAACCCUGUGGGGCAGCCGCCGCUGAAGGAAAGACUGCAGCAGAUCAAGCAGGCCAAUCCCAACCCCAAGGUCCUGAUGGCCUUUGACGACGUGAGCGUGCCGCUGCCGCCCAUGCGCCGCCCGGAUCUACGGCAGCUGAUCAUGGAAGAAGCGGAGAGCGACUGCGUGGCAGCGGGCAUAACAGACAUCCGCUUUGUGUGCUCUAUCGCUCUGCACCGCUACGUUCGCGCGGACGAGUUCAGGCACAUCUGUGGGGGGUAUCUGUUCGGCAAGUACUACCCGCACCGCAUGGGGAAUUACAACGCUGUCGAUAUGGACGAGACUGUGGACAUCGGUGUCACACGGCACGGGGAGGCUGUUCAGAUCAACCGGCACUUUGCGGAGGCAGAUCUGGUGGUGUAUGCGAAUGUGAACUACGUGAGCAUGGACGGCGGGUACAAGUCCUACGCCACUGGCCUGGUGCAUUACAACUCGCGCGCAUGGAUGGAUGGCAGGUCGCUGUUUGACCCGACGCUCCACCAGUCGUUCCACCGCAUCGGGCGCAUGAUGCAGAAGCACACGGACGUCUUCCAUGUAGAGACGGUCAUUGACGACCAGGUCUGUCCCUACCUGCCUGUCCGCCUGCAUGCACCAUGCACCACAACGGUCAUUGACGACCAGCUGUUCCCGUUCUACGUGGACUUUGUGUCGGAGCUAGUGCGCAACAUGACCCCGCUGCAGAAGCUCUUGAUGCACUCCACCAUUCUGCUGCUCAAGCUGCUGCCGCUGUGGCUAUGCGUCAAGGUUUUCUGGUUCAUGCGAGCCCCGUUCGGCCUGCUGCAGGUGACAGCAGGGGAGACCGAGGCGGUGCAUGAGAAGACACUGGCAACCAUCUACCGGGACAAGGUCAUGGACUUGCAGGGGCAGGUGAGUUGA